GCGGCGCCCAUGCACAGUAUGCAAGCAGCAACUUUUGCCUGAUGACUGAAAACCUUUCAAGAUGGCUAGUCAAGAGUUGAACCUGUGGGUCCAAGACAGCCUUCAUGACAUCCUGGGGAUCAGCGACCGCUACAUAGCAGACUAUCUCAUCGGCAUUGCUGGCAAGGCCAGCAGCGCUGGGGACUUUGUUCGGAGGAUCCAGGAUACCGGAACGAUCGAUGUCAAUGCCGCCACCACCAAGUUCGCGCAUGAACUUUGGGGGAAGCUUCCCCGCAAGGCGUCCGCUAAGGUAGCAAAUCGAGCCCGAGAGCAGGAGGCGAUUGCCAGGACCAAGCAGAGCCAGAGCUACAAGCUGCUGUCUGAUGAGGAGGAGGAAUUGGCAGUCACACAUGUCGCGCCGACGAAGAGAGAAAAACGAGAGAAAGGAAGCAAAAGGAAACACAUCCGAAAGAAGAAAGAUGAGAGUAGCGACAGCGACAGUGAUCCUCAGCCAGUCAGGACCAGUAAACAUGCUAAGCGUGAGCCAUCUCCAGACUCGGAGUCCGACGAAUGGGACAGGGAGGAGAAAGAAAGACGGCAAGACUUGGAGGAGAGAGACGCGUUUGCUGAGCGUCUACGAAACAAGGACAAAGAAAAGACCAAGAACACCGCAGACAAGGGAAACAAAAAGGCUUACGAAGAGGCCAGGAAGAGACUGGAGAUGGCAGAGCAGGACAGGCGGAAAAUGAUCCCGGAGCUGCGGAAGGGGUCGCGCCGAGACUACCUCAAGAAACGAGAGCUGGACAAACUGGAAGAGCUGGAGGCGGACAUCGUUGAUGAGGAAUACCUCUUCUCAUCAACGGAAUUAACAGCCAAAGAAAAGAGAGAUUUGGAGUAUAAGAGGACGGUCUUGAAGCUAGCAAAGGACCACAAGACAGCUGGGGAGAAGCAGAAAGAAGGAAGAUACUACAUGCCCAAAGAAGAUGAGAAACCCUCAGAUAAGUACGUUGAACCCAUGCUGGAUGAGCAGGAGCUGGGGCCGAGGUCUGAGCAGCAACGCUGGGAGGAGGAACACGUCAAGCUGGGCUCCAUGAAGUUUGGGGCCAGAGACGCCAAACAGAAACACAAGACUAAGGAAUAUGAUCUAGUUGUGGAUGAGCUUGGAGAAAUUGAGUUUGUCAGCGCGAUUCAGAUGCCGGGAACUCGAGACAAGUCGGAGCCCGAGGAACCUGAGCUGUCUUCAGCCCAGAAGAAGCGCAUCAGCAUUGCCGAGACCCGCAAGAGCUUGCCCAUCUACCGAUUCCGGGAGGACCUACUUCAAGCCAUCCAGGAUCACCAGGUGCUGAUCAUCGAGGGGGAGACGGGAUCUGGAAAGACGACACAGAUACCACAGUAUCUCUAUGAAGCGGGCUACACCAAAGACGGCAAGAAGAUAGGCUGCACCCAACCAAGACGUGUGGCAGCCAUGAGUGUGGCUAGUAGGGUAGCGGAAGAAAUGAACUUCAAACUUGGCAACGAGGUUGGCUACAGCAUCCGUUUUGAGGACUGUACCUCGGACCGAACCAUCCUGAAGUACAUGACAGACGGCAUGCUGCUCCGGGAAUUCCUGGGGGAACCGGACAUGGCAGGCUACAGCGUUUUGAUCAUCGAUGAAGCCCACGAGCGAACCCUCCACACCGACAUCCUCUUUGGCCUCGUCAAGGACAUUUCCCGAUUCAGGCCAGACCUCAAACUGCUCAUCUCUAGCGCCACGCUGGACACUGACAAGUUUGCCAUGUUCUUUGACGACGCGCCGAUCUUCCGCAUCCCGGGCCGCCGGUUUCCCGUGGAUUUGUUCUACACAAAGGCUCCUGAAGCUGAUUACCUGGACGCCUGUAUCGUCUCCGUCCUUCAGAUCCAUGUCACUCAGCCAAUGGGAGACGUCCUAGUCUUCCUGACGGGACAGGAAGAAAUUGAGACCUGCAUGGAGAUACUACAGGAGAGAGUCCGUAAACUAGGCACCAAGAUCCGAGAGCUCAUUGUUCUCCCGAUCUACUCCACCCUGCCCUCGGAACUCCAAGCCAAGAUCUUUGAACCCACGCCUCCUGGAAGUCGCAAGGUGAUACUGGCAACAAACAUCGCUGAGACAUCCCUGACUAUCGAUGGAAUCAUCUACGUCAUUGAUCCCGGCUUCAAUAAACAGAAGAGUUACAAUGCCAGGACCGGUAUGGAGUCCUUGGUGGUGACCCCUGUGUCAAAGGCAUCAGCCAAUCAGAGAGCUGGUAGAGCUGGCCGGGUUGCUGCUGGUAAAUGCUUCAGACUCUACACAGCUUGGGCCUACAAGAACGAACUGGAAGAAAACACCAUUCCUGAAAUUCAGAGGACUAAUCUCGGCAACGUGGUCCUCCUUUUGAAAAGUCUCGGCAUCAACGACCUGAUCCACUUUGACUUCAUGGACCCGCCGCCCCACGAGACCCUGGUCUUGGCUCUAGAGCAGCUCUAUGCCCUGGGUGCGCUCAACCACAAAGGGGAGCUGACUAAACUGGGCCGUCGGAUGGCAGAGUUUCCCGUGGACCCCAUGCUGUCCAAGAUGAUCCUGGCUUCGGAAAAGUAUCAGUGCACAGAUGAGAUCCUGAGCAUCACUGCCAUGCUGUCUGUCAACAACGCCAUCUUCUAUCGACCCAAGGAUAAGAUCGUUCAUGCCGACAACGCAAGGGUCAACUUCUUUGCUCCUGGAGGGGAUCACUUGACACUGCUGAAUGUCUACAACCAGUGGGUAGAGACAGACUUCUCCACUCAGUGGUGUUUUGAGAAUUUCAUCCAGCAUCGAUCCAUGAGGCGGGCCAGGGAUGUGAGGGACCAGCUCCAGGGUUUGGUAGAGAGGGUGGAGAUCCCACUGACCUCGGCGUCUCAUGACAACAUCAUCAUCAGGAAGGCCAUUACCGCAGGUUUCUUCUACCACACGGCCAAAUUCAGCAAAGGCGGUCAGUACAAGACGGUCAAGCAUCAGCAGACCGUCAUGGUCCAUCCCAACAGCAGCCUGUUUGAGGAGCAGCCGCGCUGGCUCAUCUACCACGAGCUGGUCUUCACUACCAAGGAGUUUAUGCGACAGGUUAUUGAGAUUGAGAAUGCCUGGCUUCUAGAGGUGGCUCCCCAUUACUACAAGGCUAAGGAGCUGGAGGACAUGUCCAGCAGGAAGAUGCCCAAGAACACUGGCAAGAGCAAGGAAGAGACACGGACGUGAUGUCUUGGACAUCUCUCACUGGCUCAUCGACCCUGCAGUAUUUCAGGGACUACGAUCCGACAUUUGGACUGGCAGUUGUACAGUGAUGUCAGCAUAUCGUAUUAUUCUUUGAUGCUAGAAGAUGAAGGAUCAUGGAAGAUGAUCCAUAAAUGAUUGAGGAUUAGUAGUGUCUCAUUGCCCAUCGAUUAUGGACUGCAGAAGAUAAACUAUAGUUCAUGGACUGUCGAUCAUGGAACAUAGAGGGUAAACAAAAGAUACUGGACCAUGGAUUAAAGGGACACUAGGUCCUGGAACAGCCCAAUUGGGCUACAAAACGCGCUUUGAACGAGA